AUGGGGACUGGCGUUGAUUGGCUAUUCUCUCGGGCGACGUCCGUAUACGAAUCCCUGCUUUCGGCUAUCCGCAAGGUUUGGAAGCUCAAAGGUAUGAUGAAACUGCUUUCUUUAAGUGAUGGGUUCUUUAUGUUGAAAUUCACGGCGCAUGAAGACUAUGAUAUGGCUUUAUCCGGAGGUGUGUGGUUUUUCCUUGGCAAACCUUUUGUGCUUCAAAAAUGGGUUCCUAAUUUCAAACCUGUGAGAGAAGAGUUCACAUCUAUCCCUAUAUGGUUUAAAAUCCUUGAUUUACCUCUUCCAUGCUGGACUCCGGAAGGAAUUUCGCGGAUUGCCAGUAAGAUCGGUACUCCGAUUGCGGUUGACAAUCUUACAGCCGAAAAACUAGGCUCACGUGAGCCAUUCUCUCUUCGUUUCCAAUAUGAAUGGAAACCAGCACAAUGCGAACACUGUGGAUCUAUUGUGCAUACCCCGGAUUUUUGUUCUUCAAAGCCGGAACCUUUAAAUACUGAUUUUCAAAGUCGGAAGCCCCCGCGGGCGAUCGGCAGAAAUCCCAAUUUCAAACCCAAGCAACCACUAGCUGCUCAACAAAAUGUUCAAUCAUCUGAGGCAUCUGAUCCCAUGUCUAUGCCCUCCUCCUCCACUGCUGCUGCAUCUCUGAAGAUCUCUGACCUCCCAGCGUCUUCCACUCAGCCAACUCCAUCAAAACCGCAGCUCAACUUUCCAACUCCAACUGUGGUAGCCACCCAACAACUGAACAACACUGCUGAGACGACUUUCAUUACUAUCCCAAAUCUAAAUUCACCAACUGAGGAGUCUAUCCCGUCUUCUUCUACUAUCAUCCAGCAACAAGACAAAGUGAUUUCACCUAACAAAUUUGAUAUUCUUUAA